UGUUGGUGGCAGGGACAUCAGUUGAAUGCCAGAGCUACACAGCUGACAGGCAUCGCAGAGCGGGGCAGUCCAGAAGGCAGAAGCCGUUGGUUCAGUGGUGACAAGUACCUCCUCGAUUCAAAGCCAUCAAUAUGAUGCGUGUGUGCGCGGCGCUGAGUGUGGCCCUGCUGGCGGUCGUGCCGUCGCUCCUGGUGGCAGCGCCCGUGUCCGACUGUCCCCGAAACUCGGACCCCGACCAGCCCGUGUUCGUGGCCAGCGACCAGAGCUGCUCACAGUUCUACCUGUGCUCCAACGGACGGCCCAUCCUGCUCACCUGUCCCGACGGGCUCUACUUCAACGAGGACACGGACCAGUGCGACUACAGGUUCAACGUCAACUGCACGGAGCCGGCCACCACCACCACCACCGAGAGACCGACCACCGAGGGACCCGUCCCGACCACCGAGGGACCCGUACCGACCAACUUUACCACUGGGGCACCCGUCCCGACCACCGAGGGACCCGUAUCGACCACCGAAGGACCCCUGCCGACCACCGAGGGACCCGUCCCGACCACCGAGGGACCCGUCCCGACCAACGUGACCACCGAGGGACCUGUUCCAACUAUUUCACCUUAAUUUAUUUUUGAGUAACAUUUGCGUGUCGCUGAAUGAUAUGGUGUAAAGCUUUAAGUCUACCACAGACGUUUAUCGUUUAUUAUUUGCAAUUGUUAAGAUGUUUUUUGUCGGAAUGCGUACUUACUGUUGUGCCUUAUGCUUGUGUGAAAAUAUCUGGCUCGUUUCGAUAAUCCGAUCCUGUACAGUGAGUCACCUACCUCAGUCUCAUGUGGUUUUUUAUAAACAUUAGAGCUAUGCUUAUUCAAUAAACGUUAAAAUAU